CUUUAGCACGACACCGCCCCCAUAAAAGUGGAGUGCUGGCAUGACUAUGCUCAGUCAUAAUAGGGCGAGUGACAGUCAGGGAGUGCGAAAUCUCAAGUGGGUUUCGUAGGUCUUACGUCAGAUGGAGGCUACAGGCUAUUGGGGGGAGCCUGACUUUCUCUUUUUUUAACUAAUUAUAAAGUAGAGCAGCUCUAUGAUUUUGCUAUUGAGCAUCACAAGAGCACACACAUCCAUUUAAGGAGACAGAACUGCUGAGCUUGUUCCUUCCUUUGCUUUCUCACCAACUCACAUUAGAGAGUAGGUGACUUACUGAGAGAUUUACUCUCCCUAUGCUGGGAGACCUUAUCCAGUGGUGAUCACUUGGUUGUUUAUUUUUUCUGCUUUAUUCCUCCCCAAACAUUGUCCAUCUAGACAUUGGUUAUAUUACCAACCACUUUGUACCUGUAUAAAUAUUCAGCUGUGCUUGCUGUAGCAUUUCUACACAUUCUCCCUCCUAGAGCAUCUGUGGAUCUUCUCCUACCAAGCUAAGAAGGAAGUUGCAAUCAUGCAUGUGAGUACUUUUUGUUACAUUUUUGUAUUGAUCCUUAGAUCUGAUUAUUACUUGUUAUAGAAUUAUUUCACAUCCUUUGUUAACUCUUCCCAUAUGCACAUUGCCAGUCAUAUAUUUCUAGAUUUGUGGAAUCUGGAUAUUACAUUUACACAUUGAUAUUCCUGUUGGACGCUGUAAAGAGGAUCUAUUGCAUUGAAUUAAGACUGGGACAUAAAGUUGUUAUUGUUACCUGCUGCAUCCUAUGAGCAUUUUAAUAAAAUAACUGAAUCGGAUGGAGUUGAGUUCGAUUUCUACAUAUACAAGUUUCUAUUCUGUAGUAAACAUGGGUUUUGUUUACGUUUUGUUUUGCAGUCGGUGGGUUUGGUUCUCAGACAAUGCUCUUUGGUGCUGUUGGCGAUGUCCACGUUGUUCACAGUGGCCAUCCACGGAGAAUGUACCAAGGACUGCGCUUCAUGCUCUUAUCAUAUGGGACAACAAACAGAGAUCAACUCUUUGGUAAGUUAAAUUUACAUGAUCUAUUUGGAAAUAAUAUUGAACCCAGUCAGACAUGUCAAAUAACUAACAGAACAUAAGGCGUUUGCCCAGGAGAAGUCUAUUAUAGCACCAUGGACAGCUGCCCUGGUAGCCUCUAUCUCUGGUGAACAUUCUUAAACAGCAUGGUUUAUCCCAGAGGGUAGAGAACAAUCUGGUGGUCUGUGGACCUUCCUGCCAUCCAGCGACUGAUAGUAAUGAUUCUUCUAGGACAGGGGUAGGCAACCUUCGACACGCAACAUGUUGUGGACUGCAUCUCCCACAAUGCUCUAAUGCUGGGAAAACAUAAUGGGAGGUGUAGUCCACAACAUCAGGAGUGCCGAAGGUUGCCUACCCCUGGUCUAGACGUUCCACCAAAAGAACAAUAUAGGUCAGGGAAUCAUUCCACCUAUACACUAUUCAUGGCAUGGCAGGUGUCAAAGUAACUAAUGUACACUUUACUCCGUUAUAAUUUGUUUUUGUAUUUCUUGUUAAAAAAAGGUUAUAUUACCAUCAGGGUUAUUUACUAAAGUAAGAAUUCAAAGUGAAUUUAAAGUGAAUUUCACAGUUCAAGCCAGAGUAACCAUACUAAAAACAUAGCUGACAUAGUGAAUUGUUCCAGUCCAGCUCUUUUAGCCUCAAAUUUGAAUUCUCACUUGAGUUAAUAUCCAUUUACAUAUAUUUCUAACGGAGACAUUUAUUUACUUUACGUCUUUAGCUACAUUUCCAUAAAUGACAGAGCGAUCCGCUGUUGCAUGACCUAUGAAUGAUGGUCUUCUAUAGUUUGGUAGGAAUGAUUAUCUAUGUCCACAGACUAACAGCGAGACAAUGUAGCCUGAUUAAAAUAUAUAGCUCCCACUUAAGGCAUGAGUGGUGUUUGAUAUUGAUUGAUCUAGUAAUUGAUUAAAUGGUACGGACUAUAUAAAGAGAGCAGAUUUGAAGAGCUCGCGAUAAUGAAUAGCUCAAUGACUGACUGCAGAGUGAAAAUAUAGUAAGUCAGGAAGCAUUGCCAUGUUUGAAACCAUUUCUAGGAUACAAUUUCAGUAAUGAAUAUGCACAAAUCACACAAGUACCAAACAGACAUGCUGUUACUUUAUAUAAGUAAUCACUUCAUCACGUAUUCCAUGCACAUGCAUAUAAACCUAAAUGUGAACUAACUUUAAUUGGUUAUUUUUACACCAUACGGGUAUUUAUGAUACUAUCCUAUGUAUGUGAAUAUCACUUGUUGUUUUAUAGUGUUUAAUUUGCUUUGCUCUGCAAUGCAGGUACAUCAUGUGGGAUUUACAAAACAAAUUUACAAUAUCAUGCCAUGUGUAACUAAGGGACUGAGGAUUAGAGCAAUCGCACUGCAGGAACAGGAGUUCUGAUUAAAGUAAAUGGUUCUUCUGCAAAUACAUGGGGCUUAUUCACUAAACAUUGAGCUAUGAUGAGUUGACAUUUGAAUUGCUGUGUUUACACCAAAACUACUGCAUUGGAAAAAAUGUCCAAUUUAGUUGAGUUGAUGUAUUUUUCCAAGUAAGCUAUUCUGGUUUGAUUUUCUCAGCUUGAAAUCACUGUUUAGUGAAAAGACCCCUAAUCAUUUAAAUUACAAUAUGUGAUGUUAUACAAUACCAUAUAAUCCGUAAUAUACCGACAAUGUAAUAUAUAUACUUCAGGUUUGUUUAGGAAAUUCAUUUAGAUUUUUGAAGUGCUGUUGGAGGGAGCAGAACCAUGUUAAAGGAGUAACCCCUUACUGUCCAACCACACACUAUGCUUCUCAUGAUUUAAAGGGAUGUACCAAUUCUUUACAUUCUGUUUUCCAAUUCAAUAUCAACUGAAAUUGGGUUUAAUUUCACUAGAACCGUGUCCUGUAAAGUUUAAACCACCUUCAGGUCUUUUCAGGAUUAUAACCCUUUUAAAUAAAGAGCCAUCAUAACCUGUCUGGAUAAUUACAGCAAUUAACUGCUGAUGGAUACAGUUGUCUAUUGCCGUGUUUCCUAAAUCAUCAUUUACGUAUAAUGCUUCAGGUUUUCAUGGUAUUUCCAAUGGGAAAGUACUGAAAAAAAAAAAACCUAGAUCCACGUUUACUGUGAAGGAAUAAGCAUUGCUUUGGGAAUAACUGCCCUAGUGGACAUUGGAUAGAGUUUCAAUGCAAUGUAAUGCUGCUACAUCCAAUACAGUAUAUUAUAACCAUCUCUAUGUAAUCUGAAUUUUUUUUAACUUUUGUUCAGUAUCUAAACUAAACAGGGAAUGGUGAAGAUUUAAAAGUCAUUGCACAAAAUGUAGGACCAAGAUUACCCCGAACUAUAAAAAUAGCAAUGUUGGUAGAAUUAGAAUUAUUUUCUAAAUUGAUUAAUUUAGUCUUAAUGUUGCACAUCUGUUAACUCACCAUCGCUCACUGUAAAGUUAAUAUACCCCCUAACUGGUUACCCCCUUCUGUAAUAAUGUACAGUCUUGAAUCAAAUCUAAUGCUUUAUCACUGGGCACUGUUUGAUCAGCUUGUUAAUCAUUCUGUUGUGGUGAAGACAUUUGUACUGCAGAUAUUUGUAAACUACAUAUCCCUUGAUGCUUAUACAGCCUGCAGGUUGGCUAAGCAUCAUGGGAAAUGUAAUCAUCUGCAGCAUAAGGGUUAGUCAUUACUAUUGCCCAGUCUUUGAGUAGGGAGUCUCUAUGCAGAAAAACAAUAUACUGCAUAUUAAACUUAAACUGUUUGUGGUUUUGAACACUUUUAUUAGAUAUAGUUUAUUUUCCUAAAAUCAAUUACACCAUUACAUAUAUAUUUUUUUUUUUGUGGAAAAGAAGAAAUAAUUUGAUGAUUUAGAUUGACAAACUAAAAAUUGACCAUGCUGACAAAUCCAAUUUAAUGCACCAUUUGUACAUCAGCUCACAAUAAUGCCAGUAUUUUGACAUCCCUUAUGUUAAAAAUGUUAGGUUCUAUACUAUGUAAAUUAAAAUUAAUAAUGGGACAUUUAAAUUCCCUGUCUUUUUAUCAUUUUCCCAUUGCACCGUGUUCCCCCUAUUUAACUGAAAAUGUUAAAUAUAUAGAUGCCUGUGUGCAUUUUAUACAAUUUAUUGUUUCAGUUCUUUGACAUAAGAGAUUACUGUCAUUUUUUAAUGUUUUACAUUUAUGACAUAUUCUUGAAAUCAAGACAUUCCUCUGUCUGACUUUCUCAAUAAAACACUAUUUGGCUUUCCUUGACUGUGCAGCUCAAAUUCUCUCGUAUUCCACAACAAAUCUGUCUGUCUCUCUACAUUUCGCACAGUCUUUACAAACAGUGUGAGCCACUGUGAGGCAGCCUUAUCUGUUAUGAUUAAACAAGGGAGAGGCACAACCAUGUAUCAUUAUAGAUACUGCUUCGCAUUAUGCUGGGAUUAUAGAUUGAUAAAGCCCUUUUUAAACCCUUUACUCAUUCAUGUCGCAGUUGCAGUUUUAGAUUCUGAAACCCAGUAACCUUUUAUAUUCUGCAAAAAGCAUCUGUGUUUUUACAAUUUAAUAUGUAAUAAAUGCUUUGAGCCUAGUGUACUUAUGCAGAUAAUUGUAUGGGACACACAAAAGCAGUAACCCUAUAAAAUGUUAUGAAGUCUGUGUGCCCUCUCCCAUGAAUGAAUAUCAGUUGGUUUCUCUAAAUUGCUUAAGGUAUAUUGCUAUUUUGAUGUAUUUAGCAACAAUCCUCUAAUUCUAUAUACCAAAACAGCUGGGUAAGGUUGUUAGGAGCAAAAAAAUUAAAAUGUAGUUUCCAACAAAUUAAUAUUGCUUAUUAAUUCUGACGUUUGCAUGCAUGGUGAAUUCUUAAAUGGCGCAAUGAGCAGUUUAUCUAGUACUAUGUAAAAUGACAAAUUUAAAAUCUUUUAUUAGUUUGAAUGUGGACUUACAUAUCUUCAAAUGUAAUUCCACAACCCAUUUGUAAUUACUAGAAUAAAUAUAGGUAUGGCUGUUAAUAUAAACUUUCCAAAGAGUCUGUUGAAUAGUAUGAUAGUUCUUGAAUCAUGCUGUCUCUAUGGCUAAUGUUUAAUACGUUAGCAUUAAUAUAAUUGUUUGUAACCACACACUGACAAAUCUGCUAAUGUAUAAGAUAAAAUUCAGAAAAGGUUCGAAUCAGCUGGAUUCUGCUUACUAUGAUAAAUCAUACACUAGCUUUAUCACAGAAUUGCGUUUUGUGUUUUAUCAGAAAAAUUGGAGAUAAAAUGGUAACAAAGAAUUCUCAUGCAGACAAAUUGCUGUUUCAUAAGAAAUGACAAUACAUUUCGAAAGGAUUCAUUAUUAAAUAAACAAACAUACUUUUUCUCUAAAUUAUUACUUUCCAAACUAUUUUAUUAUAUGGUAAACAUAAGAUUUAGAAGGUGAUGAAACACUGGAGAUAUCUCUUGUAUUCAAGAGUUCCAAUGCUAUUCUACAUUCCCCGUUCACCAGCUUCACAAUAAGGCUCAGAGAAAACCUCUCUGCUUCUUUUCAUAUUUUAGACUCUCUUUCGGUAUGCUAUGACACAAUAAAUAAUCAGCUAAUUACAUGUUAACUAAGGACAUUAACAAAGCAUUGCCAUGAGUCAAAUCAAAGAGAUAAGUAGGUCUGCUUAAAAUUAGACAUGUGUAAAUGACAAGGUUCUCAUCAGGUGUAAUUAUUCAUAUUUUAAGUAAAUAAAUAAAGCACGGAUGAAAGAUUAUUUCAAAAUAUGCUUUCUGCUCUGUAACCUAUGUAUUGGGCUACACAUAAACACUCACAUGGAUUAUUGAUGCUUGGUAUGAAGUCAAUAUGGGAGCAUAUUGGAUCAUUAAAAAAUAGAUUGUAUAUAUGCCUCCGACAGAGGUAUAUAUUGCAAAUGCCAGCACACAUUGCAAAUGAGGUGGAGAAAGAAAAUAUUGUGUCAUUUCUCCUCUUCUCUGUAUGCUUUCUCUAUGUUAAGGGCCAUGUGCAAAGGACAUAGUUUAUAACAGUGAUUGACACGGAGCAAAGCUGGAGACGUCCAGUUGCAGAAUAAAGAUGUAUAGCUCUCUUCAUGUAAUAUUAUUUUCCACGUGUUACAAGCACAUGAGUUAAUGUAGUGGUUUUUGUGGAAAAAGACUGCCCUUGCAAUGCAAACACCUCAUUUUCUGAGAAAGGGAAGUGUUUUACAUGGCUUACUAAGACCACCUCUAGUGCCCCUCCCUCAGGCAGCCACUAGAUGACCUUCCUUGUGCAUUCUUGCAAUCUUUGCAGGACCAAUGUUAAGCAUUUUCAACUUCAGCAUUGGAUUGGAUGAGAUCAUCUCUAAUGUAAGGUAAGUAAAUCUGUUUAUUUUAGUAUUUAAGGGAAGGCCCGAUAGUCUAAGUCAGUGUUUCCCAAGCCUGUCCUUGAGACCCACCAAUAGUCCAGGUUUUGUCAGUAUCUCCAUGGGAAUAAAACAUGGAAAUACAUAAAUCUGUGUGGCUGAAGAGGCAGUCUCACACUGCAUCAUCCUGCAAAAAGUUUUGAGCAUGCAAGAAAAUACAGCAUAUCAAUGAGGUCAAAACCCCAAAAGUAAUAUCGGUGCAAGGAGUGUCCCUUCAUUUUCUUCACACUACUCAUGUCUAACACCAAUGAUAAAUCAAAUGUAAAAAAAAUAUAUUUUCUGCUUGAUUGCCACACAAAUUCCAUCAGGACACCAUAAAUUACACCUUUCGUGAUUUUCUGAGGAUCGUGCUCUUAAGGGUUGAUUUACCAAACAGUGAAUUGAAAACGUCAUUUCAAAAUUACACAAAAAUAGCCUGACAUUUUAAGCAUAAAUGUAGUAUUUUGCUUUUCAAGCAAUAUACUGUUUUAGUGAAUAAACCACAAAAAAAAUCUUUCCAUACAUGUUACUUGUAACAUUUCAUAUGUAUUUAUUGAAAACUACAAACUCAAUGGGUGUAGGUGGGUUUUAGUGCUUAUUUGUAGUUACAUUUGGAAUAAAUGUAUUUUUUCUAUAACAUGAAUUGAGAAUUUGCAGUUGCUCUCUUGUCAAACUACUUUACCCCCAGCUGAAGCAACUGUGAAGCAAUUUUAAUUUUAUCAGCAGCCGUUUUUAACUUUACAGACAUGGAAACUAGCCUUUAGUGUCUAUCGUGUUUGCCAAAUCAAAUGAUCUGGGUUUUAACCAUGACUUUGUUCCCCAUGUUUACCCCACAUUUAUUUUUCAGUUUUAAUGAUGGGAUAGUAGAUGUAGGGUUUUUCUAUGCCUCCCAACUUGUUCUAUAGUGAUCCGAAUUAGUGUGGAUGGCAACUGAGGGCGCCCAAGAAAGGGGCAGAUCUACCCAUAAAGUGGGAGGUCUGUCAAAAAGUGUGCAUGUCAGUCUGGUGUGAAUGUACUCCAGGCUGAUUGAAAGUCUUCCUGGUGUCCCCAAACAUGGGGAAUCAACCUUGGACAACAGGAGAGGACCCUGAAAUUCUGACUGUCUCGCUGGAGCCAAGAUUAGGAUAAUAUCGUUUUAAAUUGUAGGUAGUUGAAUAUUUUCUGCUUGUUGAAAGGUCAAGGAUGAUAGACAAUUGUUAAGUUCUAGUGCCAUAAGCUCUUCCAAGCUGGACUGAGUUAUGAGAGGUGGCCAUCUUGGAUGUAUUUGAAGUGUGAGAUGAUGAUCCUGGCUCACUUUGAAUGUCCAACAAUUCUCUCUUUAGUAAAUAAUCCUAAUAUCUGUCAGGUAAAAUGUAAUUCUUCUCAUCAUAUGAUCUGGUUCACUGCCUACAUUGAACAGACUAAUCUUUGAACCGGUGGUAGAAAUGAACUUUGAAGGACCCCACCAGAUUACUUUGUGGCUUGGUGCAUAUUCACAGCCCUCUGUUAGGUGAGAUAAUGAAAGGAAGUGGAUAGGAAAGGCUCAGAGCACCUACCAAGGGCAUGUAAGCAGCCUGCAAUUAUAUUCUAUUUAUUGUAUCUGAUAUUAUGCCCACAAACAGACGUACUGUAAAAUUUAGUUGGAAUUUUUCAGAACCCACAGCAGAUUAGUUAAGACAACGGAGGGAGGGAAUAUAACCAUUUGUAUUUACAGUUUACCAUCUUAAAUGCUGUACAUAGGAAAGAAUUUGAAAUUAUAAACUCUGAGGAAUUAAUUGUAAAUCUAUGCCUGCUCUGAGCUGUUGCUAUUACAUGAGAAAAGAUAUGUCUAUCAAUACAGAUAUUUAUAUAUCUAUCAAUCCAUAUCGGUGUUAAAUGGAGCAACAUCUUUCCAUAAUAAAUCAAAUUAUGGUUUCUAUCCCCAGAGCUUUAUAAUUUAUUUACUCAUAAUUGACAUAAUUAUAUCUUGUUAUGGGUUAAUUUGACAUUUAUAUUCUCCCCACAUAUAUCAUGAUCUUCAGAAUGCUGCCAAAAGCUAGCAAACCUCAUUAAACUCGGAAUAUGUAUCAUGAAUGGUGGGUUUUGCAACAAGUUAGAAGCAAUGAUCCAGGAGUGCAAACCCCAGCUGCUCUAGGCAUGACACUCUGCACGCCUUCGGCUGAACAUGACAGAGUGCAAGCAGCUGGAGUGCCACGGCUUGGCAAUGCCUGGCAGUGACGUUUGACGAAUGAGCAAUAUAAUUCAACAUAUGUUUUCUGCGGAAUGCUGCAGUAAAAGCUCAGUGGAAUUGCUGUCACAGUUACUUCCAACUGGCAUAUUAUUUCAAAGCUAAAUAUAUGUGACUGGCAAUUAUGGGUCAGAUUGGGAUAUAUUUUGUUUUGUACACAUAAAGUCUAUGUUGCUGCCACGUGUGUGGCGUUGUAUGCUUUCUGACAGAUGGCAUGCCAAAUAGAAAAAGGCAGGACAUGUCAUCUCAUACAUUCUAGCAGCAAUGGACUUCACGAGUGCUCAGACAGCUAACAGCUUAGCAUACUGGAACUCAGGUUACCAUUUAAACCAAACUUUUUUUAUUAUUUAAUAAGUGAAAAUAAGUUAUUAUUCCUUCAUUGUAAAAAUACUUAAAUUCUAGAUAUUUCCGCAUAGUUAAAUGCAUGGUUAAUAUAUUUAUUUUUUGCUAAAUAUAACUGAUUGAAAAAAAAAAUAAUAGUACAUAAUCCAUGAAUUAGUGCUACCUUUGCCAAAAGCUACUGCCUCCCAACUCUUCUUGUGGUCACCCAAUAGUUUUUUUUAUUCUUGCUUCAGGUAUUUUUCUCAUUUUUCCUUACAAAAUGCUUCUAAUUCCGAAACAUGUUCAGGUGUCUUUAUAUGUGGUAUAUUUGACUAAAACUCCAAUAUUUUCAGAUAUAUUAAUGUAGGUAUGAACACCAUGCCAAACUUUAGUCUUUCAUGUCCUAAAGUAGUUCAUGAUUUAUUUUGAGAUGUGCUUGAGUUCACUGUUUUGGUAGAAUAUCCAACCCCCUUUUUAGUUUCAGUUUCUUUUCUCACUACAGAAUUAGCUCCCAUGAUUUGUUGAUAUUUAGUAAAUCUACUUUUUUCUCUAAGUUUAUAUUAUUUCCUGGUCACUGCUUGCCAUUCAAAUACAACUCAAUCACAUAAUGGACCCACUACCACUAUUAAUAGUUGACAAAAAAAAUUCCUAUAUUACUCCCUUUUUUUCCAGUCGUACCUUUGGUGUUUGUAGUCAAAGAGCUCAUUGUUUAUUUGAUCAAACCACUGCACGUGGUUCCAAAAAGCUGUUGGCUUAUCUAUGUGUUGUGUUGCGUAUUUCACAUGUUGAGUUUUGUGAUGAGAUUGCUAGCAUGGUUUUGUCCCGUAAUAAGGAAGGAGGUUUUGAUUUGCUUUCCUGACCAUUCUAUGAGCAGUUCUGUUGGAGAGUCUUCUUGGUUGUCCACAUCUUGCCUUGAAUUUAACAGUUCCUCUUAACUUCAAUUUCUUAAGAUAAUGUCACUACUUAUCUAUACUUUGCAAUGUGGCUUACAAUUCACCACAGUCUGAUGUUUAGUGAAUAUAAACUCAAUUGAAGAUGCUUAAUUUCCCAUAAUAAAACAUCAAUGGUCGUUUUAUUCUUCUCCUGAAUAGGACAGUUAUUGAAAAAUCUCUUCCCAUAUAUUUUCUUUCAUUACCAUAAUACUUACUAAUUGUAAUCUAGAUUAUGAGUAACCAGCUUCCCCCCAAGAAUUACCAAUGCAUCACACAGCAUAGCAUAUUUUCAACAUUGCCCUGAAAUAUCGAUUUUCCAUGAGUAUGGUUAAAAAGGACAUUUCCAACGUUUACAUUAAGGGGUAAAGACUACAUCUAGUGGCUGUCUUUGAAACAGCCACUAGAGGCGCUUCCUGGCAUUUCACAGAAUGUAACUCUGUGAAAUGAUCUUGGACAUCCUCAGGCUUUGCAUGAGGACAUUCAGCAUCUUGCAAAACACCACAGGAAAGCAUUAAAUUAUUUUCUUUGGGGAAGACCUACUGUGUGCGCACCACUGCAGUACAUGAGCAUUAGGUUCUAUCUUGUGCUGAUGUUGCAGGAGGAGUUCUUUAAGGGUUAUUUAACUUUAUCAUUGCCGCAAGGGGGGAGUUGCAGGGCCAGAGGGACACUAUAAUGCUAGAAGUACAGUUUUGUAUUCCUAACACUAGAGUGUUUCUUUAGUAUUACGGAAAGCCGACACACAUUCACAGCAGCGACAUCCCGCACACAUACAUAACACAACAGUAAACAUGCAUAAACAUAAUACCGCAAACAGUGUACAUACAUACACAUAACACCACAACCAAUAUACAUAAAUAUCACAAACAUUGCACAGAACAAGCAGCCUAUAAUCACACAAACACACAAUACAACAAACAGCCCACGCACACAAUGGCACAAAUAUCACACACACGCAUACAAUGUUGCAAACCACUCAACUCAUACAGUACCAUCGUGUGUGUCAUAAACAGACUUUCCACAUAAUGCACACAUACACAAGACCAUGUACAGCCGAGAUUAUAAAUCUCACAAAGCAGCAGCUACAUACAUAUAUAACAAAUGCAGAAUUUUCCAACAUACAUACACGUUGCCUUAAAAAAUUAGAGCUGGCACCCUAAGGGACCUCAAAGCUUUACUUUGGAACAGUGCUACUAAAAGGGUGCCUACCAAUGCCAUAGUAUUUCAGUAAGUCAUCCUUUGUAGACCCGGAGUCCAUUCCUUUGCUUUCUGCCCAAGUCUUUCCGUUAACAAUUUCAUGCAGACUAUUAAAAAAAACCUGGAACGCAAUAUCUUUGAAGCACAUGAAGGUCUAGCCUUUUCUUGAUAAAAUAAUUAUACUUUCAGCAUUAGAAUUUGUGAGUUAUUACCUGCCCUUUGAAUAGUAUCUGCAGGGAUAACAUCGUAGGUGAUAUGAGCCAUAGCAGAUGAAGUUUGUUUUUUAGUAUUUGCCUUUACAUUUCUAAAAUAUAUUUUCUACACUGAGUAGCCUUUUCUGUGACUAUGUUCUAGAUCUAGACUAACUACUUGAAGAGUGUUAACUGAACGCUGAUAACACCUGUUGCCGUGAGCAACUUCUUGUUGAUUCACCGGACAAGAGACAGGUGCCGAUAGCCAUCUCCUAGCAAUAGACAUGGGAUUAGUAAUUAUAGUAAUGUUAUGUGUUCAUGACUUAAUGUAUAAUAAAAUGGAUAUUUAUUAAAAGGUUUUCUGGCACAAACAUAAUAGGGAAAAUCAAUGCAUAAAAAAAACAAAAACAUUGUUUUUUUUUAUUGUUUUAUAUUACGUUGAAAAUAUUUAUACCUAAUUAAACAAUCCCCUAAAUGUUUUUAAUUUCAGUGCUGAUAGCUUUUCAGUGUAGCUUUACAUGAAUUGGCAGUGAAUUACUAUCUUGAAGAAUAAUAUUAUAUAAAACAAGACUUUAACAUAAUGGAUAUUCAGACACCUUUGUUCCAAAUGCCUUUUGAUUUUUAAGAAAAAUAAAUACAUAGAUAAUUAGAGCGCUCUUGCCUUCGUAUUCAGUACUUCAAACACAACUGUAAAAAGACUCAUCUAAUGAAGAAGAAUAGUAAAAGAAUGACAGUUUGGUACUACUUGUAAGGAGCACAUUUCUUUUUUAUGUUAAAACUUUAUGAUUUAAUACAUUUUUCAUCAAAAGAAAUAUUAUCUUUGUGUGAAAUUGGCACUUGGUGCAAUUUCUUUGAAGUACCAGAAGUACUUUUACAAUUUUUUUAUCUAUUUGAUUAUGUUUCGAUUUUAGAAUGUUUUCUUGCAAGUUUAAGAUUUAUAUUUUGCAAACCCAAUAUCAUACAUAUGUGUUAGAUUACACUCUGGACUGGGGUUUUACUCAUUUCUAAUACAUCAAGUUUAUAAUAAAUAUAUAAAAUAUGCAAAUUUUCAAGAUUAAUAGGCAUUUCUAGGACUUCAGUUUAUUGCAGUUGCACCAUGUCGAAAUGGAUACAACAUUAGAAGAUAGUGAAUAUGUGUAUCUAUCUUGACAAGAUUUGCCUGAUUAUUCCAGACAGCUAUAGUUGUUUAUAUAACUUGUCUCUUAAAGUGCCCCCCCCUGAAAAAUUAAUAUUUCAUAAAUAUAGAAUCCUUAUGAAACACUCAUAUUCACUGUGUUGAAAUUUUGAUGAUAAUCCAAUCCAGUCAAGAGAUAUACUGAGACAAAGUAGGGAAUACUUUGCCUCAGUAUUUCUCCUGUACCUGACACUUCUAGACACUGGGCGGAGCUACCGCCAUCUAGAAGUGUCAAUCUCCCAGCCAUUACCAGUGACCGAUGCAGAAAAAAAAAAAAAAAAAAAAGAGAUUUGUACAUAUUUAUGCAUGAUAAAAAAGAAAUUGUGCUAUGUGCAUAUUCCUCCCAUCUCCCAUUUUAUGUUGAUAAUUUCUGAAUGUAUUAGGUGAGAUUGCCGUCAUAAAGACAAUAUGAAGGGAAUAAUAAAUAUCUAAACACGUGAAUUUUAAAGUGGAUCUAUCAAUUUUUAUUAUUUAAAAAUAUAUAUUCUUUAUGAAACACUGAUGAUGAAUGUGUUGGUAUUUCACUGAAAUUCCAGCAUAAUCCAAAGAUACCACAAGACAAAGUAGAGACUAAUUUGCCGUAUGGACAAGCCUAAUGUUGACAAAAGCUGAUGAAAGGUGGGGGUCCUUCAUCAAUAGAACCAUCUGGCAAGUGACAGCUGUAAGAUUCAGGCAUUUUCUAUGGAAGUUCCUGCAGAAUCCUCCAUAGACCUCCGUGUUGUACUUUCAUGCAUGUUCUAGAGGAUCUGAAGACGAUCAAACAAAGAUCCACGAGAGAGUUAGGACUAUCCUGUCUGUAAUUUAAUUAAAGUUUAAUAAUUACAAUUUGUAUUCAAACUAAAGAAUGUAAUAUAUAUGUGCUUAUCUAAGCAAAUUUUACAAGUACGAUUUAUACAUCUUAUUUGCAGAUAAAAAAUAGACUGUGUCAUAUUACAAAUUAAAGUAUUCAUUUAAUGGAUUUUCUUCAACACAGCUUAGAAGGUAUACAAUAAGCAUCAUAACAGCUGCAGUACAGCUUGACACUUGCCUGGCACUUUUAGGCUCCAACUCUUUUCCCGGUCUUCUGUGGUAAUGUGGAAAUUCAUACUUCUGAAAUAGCAUACCAAUUUUGGAUAUUAUUCAUUGGUUUAGAGUAUCAUCUUAAUGAAUAUUGUCUGAAUUUGGUAUGCUAGUGCAGAUGUGUGAACUUUAGCAUGGCAAGGCAGAUCAGGAAUACCACAGGUGAUCAGAAGACCCAAAUAAUGACCCUUGGUGCCAUAACCAGUGAUUACUGUAGUGUUUAUGGUGCUUACAGUGUUCUUUCACUAUACAUAACAAUUUCUCUAUUGGGAUGUAAUAUAAUUUUUACUAAUCACGUUAAAUGUGAUGCACAUUUGUGGCGAUUUUAUGUUUUUUAUAGUAUUUAUUUACUUUAUGGUGGUAGAAAUGUGCGUAUAUAGUAGACUUGUGCAAAUGGUUUUUUUUUUUCAGAUGUUUGUACUGAAUUUAAUUCCUUUUCAGCCUUGCUCGAAUUAAUCAAUCAUCCAUGGACAUACACGUAGAGUCUGAUUUAAUGAAUAAGACUCCACACGUAAACCCCGGACAAUUUAUUAGUCUAUUGCAUUGCAGCCACUUACUGAUAAUGGUGCUUCUUUUUAUUGUGCAAUAAUUGUUUUUACAUCUUAUUACUUUGAAUUUAGAUAAUCUGAUAAAAAUCUAAUUUAUUUAAGGGUCCUCUGAAAUUUUAACUAAACCGUUUGCUCUUCUUUUUUCAGGCUUGCACAUUAGAAUGUGAAGGGAAGUUACCAUCAGCCAAAGCAUGGGGAAUGUGCAAAGAGCUUCUGCAAUUGGCCAAAGUGGACAUUGCACAGGAAGCAGAAAAGGAACCAGAUACCAAUGAAAGCCACUUUAUUGCCAAAAAGUAUGGAGGCUUUAUGAAAAGGUAUGGUGGCUUCAUGAAGAAAAUGGAUGAACUUUAUCAUGUUGAACCUGAAGAAGACAGUAAUGGUGGAGAAAUACCUGCCAAGAAGUAUGGAGGUUUCAUGAAAAAGGAGUUUGAUGGUGAUACAUCAGAUCUCCUAAGAGAGCUUUUGGGCACCAGUGGGGACCCAGAAACUGGAAAUUACCAUGAAAACAAUGAGACACCAGCAGACAUAAGCAAAAGAUAUGGAGGAUUCAUGAGAAAUUACAAAAGAAGCCCAGAUCAGGAAGAUGAAACCAGAGAGAUGCAGAAGAGAUAUGGUGGCUUUAUGAGAAGAGUAGGCAGGCCCGAGUGGUGGCAGGAUUACCAGAAAAGAUAUGGAGGGUUCAUGAGGCGCUUUGCAGAUUCACUUGUUCAUUCAGAUGAAGACGGAGAAAGUUAUUCCAAAGAAACCCCAGAGAUGGAUAAAAGAUAUGGUGGAUUUAUGAGAUUUUAACACCCUUUCCUCUUUUUCCUGACCUUGCUGAAAAAAAGACUGCCUCAUUGAUCAUAUUUUAUUGUAACGUGUUGCCUGCACUGUACAGUUUUUUACUGUCCUAGUACACAAUGCAACUUGUAAUCUGUUAAAACAGGCUCUGUGUUCUUUAUAAGUUAACAACAACAGAGAAAAAAAAUAUUUGUCUUGUCACUCUUGUUUAUACAGUAGUUAUGCUAAAAUUAUUUUUGUUACUGUAUUUUCUUUUAAACAGAACACAUCUACCAAUGCUUACUGUAUGUAAAUAAAUUCUUCAUCUUAUCUGCA